UUCGCGCAGGCGCACAUCGACCCGAAGCCUCCUGCUCCUCCUUCUGGCCCAUGCGUUCUUCCCGCGCGCACCGGCUUCACUUGCUACCGGCUUGGGCCUUGUUGGAUCGCCUCAGAAAGAGAAGCCUCGCCCAGCAGUGAGGCGAAAGGUUUUAAAACAAAUGAAGUACAUUCUGGUAACAGGUGGUGUUAUCUCUGGAAUUGGGAAAGGGAUCAUUGCCAGCAGUGUUGGGACAAUUCUCAAAUCAUGUGGAUUGCACGUCACUUCAAUUAAAAUUGACCCGUACAUUAACAUUGAUGCAGGCACCUUCUCUCCUUAUGAGCAUGGUGAAGUGUUCGUGUUGGACGAUGGAGGGGAAGUAGAUUUGGAUCUGGGUAACUAUGAACGUUUUCUUGAUAUCCGACUCACAAAAGAUAAUAAUCUGACAACAGGGAAGAUCUAUCAGUAUGUCAUCAACAAAGAAAGGAAAGGAGACUACCUGGGCAAAACCGUUCAAGUUGUACCCCACAUUACGGAUGCAAUUCAAGAAUGGGUGUUGAGACAGGCACGCAUUCCUGUAGAUGAAGAUGGCGUAGAACCUCAAGUCUGUGUGAUCGAGCUUGGAGGAACAGUAGGAGAUAUUGAAAGCAUGCCUUUCAUUGAAGCAUUCCGCCAAUUUCAAUUCAAAGUCAAGCGAGAAAAUUUUUGCAAUAUUCAUGUCAGUCUUGUACCACAGCCAAGUUCUACAGGAGAACAAAAGACAAAACCCACACAGAACAGUGUUCGUGAACUUCGGGGCCUUGGUAUUUCGCCAGAUCUUAUUGUGUGCAGAUGCUCCACGCCUCUAGAUACCUCAGUUAAAGAGAAGAUUUCCAUGUUUUGCCAUGUAGAACCAGAACAGGUCAUUUGUGUUCAUGAUGUCUCUUCCAUCUACCGAGUGCCUCUUUUGCUAGAGGAACAAGGAGUGGUGGAUUACUUUCGUCACAGGCUCAACCUUCCCAUUGAAAAACAGCCUAGAAGAAUGCUGAUGAAGUGGAAGGAGAUGUCAGACAGAUAUGACCGUUUAUUGGAGACCUGCUCUAUUGCUCUUGUUGGCAAAUACACCAAGUUUUCAGACUCUUAUGCCUCUGUUAUCAAAGCUUUGGAACAUUCUUCUCUAGCUAUCAAUCACAAGCUUGAAAUAAAGUACAUUGAUUCUGCUGACUUGGAACCGAUUACUCUACAAGAAGAGCCGGUUCGAUACCACGAGGCCUGGCAGAAACUCUGCAGUUCUGAUGGAGUCCUGGUUCCAGGUGGCUUUGGUGUUCGGGGGACAGAAGGGAAGAUACAAGCUAUUUCUUGGGCAAGGAAACAGAAAAAACCUUUUCUAGGAGUCUGCUUGGGAAUGCAGUUAGCAGUUGUGGAGUUUGCUCGCAAUAUCCUCAAUUGGAAAGAUGCCAAUUCUACAGAAUUUGACCCCAAAACGGCACAUCCUGUGGUAAUAGAUAUGCCGGAACAUAAUCCUGGUCAAAUGGGUGGAACAAUGCGGCUUGGCAAGAGAAGAACAGUCUUCCAAACUGAUAACUCAGUCAUGAGAAAACUGUAUGGAGAUUGUGACCAUAUAGAAGAGAGGCACAGACACAGAUUUGAGGUAAAUCCAGAAUUGAGAAAUGCUUUGGAAGAAAAAGGUAUGAAGUUCGUUGGUCAGGAUGUUGAAGGAGAGCGAAUGGAAAUAGUUGAGCUGGAAGAGCAUCCAUUUUUUGUUGGUGUUCAGUAUCACCCAGAGUUUCUGUCUAGGCCUAUAAAGCCAUCUCCGCCUUACUUUGGUUUCCUCCUGGCUUCUGCAGGGAGGCUCGCACAUUAUCUACAGAAAGGUUGCAGACUCUCCCCUAGGGAUACAUACAGUGACAGAAGUGGAAGUAGCUCGCCAGACUCUGAGAUGACAGAAUUGAAAUUUCCUGCAGUAAAUCAUGAGUAAUUGCAGAUAUGCCUCAUGAUCAGAAGAUGCUUCUUUGGAUGCAAUGGCUAAACCCCUGGAAUCUUAAAUCAUAUCAUUAUAAUUGUAUUUUAACAAAUCAUGUCACCCUUUUAUGCCCCUCUCUUACAUUUAUUUUUAGUACUUUACUUUGCGAAGGUGACAGCAGUGCCUACUCGUGUGCUGAAUAAUGGCAGAAGACAGAUUCUGGAUUUCUGAUGAGAUUUAGUAUGUUAUUAUGAAUAGUCAUAAACGUUGCCAAGCAGAAUAUCUUGAUUCAGAUUUUCUGUGAACUUCCAUUGUAGGAAGUUAAAGUUAUAAGGUUUUCACUCAUAAAGGUUUGUAGAGUGGAAGAUUCUCAGGGCUGUAAAACUUAAUCCUUUUUAAGUAAUGGAUUUGUUUCUACAUGACCACUGCAGAACACCUUUUCUAGAAAUAUCAUUUUUCUGCUCUUGAAACUAUAUUUAGUUUAUUUCGAUCCUAGGAAGAGUGAAUUGUGUUGCAAUUAUGGAUUUCAAAUGUAAAUUUCCUGUAUUUUAGAUGCACAGGCGAAGAGUGUAUUUUCCUUUACUCCUGUUUCUUGGACUCAUAUAAUUCCUUGUAUCAAGGGGAGGCCUGUAUACAAGAAAAUGACUUUUCAUUUGCUGCCUUUUGGAAUUCUCAAUGAGAUGGCUGCCUUACAUUUAAAAGUCUCACGUCCUUCUUUUUGUAAGGGAGGCCCACCUAACUCUGUCACCCCACUGUUGAGAAAGCGUCACUAUGUUGGCUUAAAAUAUGCCAUGGGGGAAUUCAGUAAUAUAUUUACUGCAACCUGCAAAUGAGUAAAAGGAUGGCAGAGGACUUUUAUAGACAUGAGAAUUACAUGAAAUAAACAUGUAUACUCUUUUCUGUUUGCCAAAGUAGAUUGUACAUUGUGUUUCAAGUAAAUAAGAGAGAUGUUAUAAAACAUGCCAUGUGCACAGUUUUGUUCAUUAAAACUUGGGGAAAGUAAUCUGUGUCUGUUCUAGUCAGGCUUGGGUACUCUUGUGCCCUCACCUUACUUCCUUUUUAUUAAUUUAGGUUUGAGUAUUCAUUUUUGGAAAUCCAAAAUGCAUCAGAAUCCAAAAUUGUUUACAUGGGUGGCUGAGAUAGUGACAUUUUUGCAUUCUGAUGAUUCGGUGUAAAUGAACUGUGGAGGACUGAAUGAUGUCCUACUUUUUUUUUUACUUCUGGAUCCUUGACUUAUUUAUAUAAUUAACCAUAGUGUGACCGGUAUAAUCUAUAUUAUAAAUAUCCUACCUAAGUUCCAGUGGUUAUACUUUUAUAAACUCUGGAGAGUAGGGACGAAAUUAUUCUAUUAGGUUCAAAUAUUUUGAAUAUACUUUCAAGUCUCAUAGGUAGCAGCAAUGGUCUGGCAGAAUAUACUGUAAGCCCUUGUUUGGUUCCAGGAAACAAAUCUGUGGAUGCUCAGUGGCAUAUUAAAAUGGUGUCCCUCAUAUAAAUGGCAAAACUAAGGUUUGUUUAUGUAUUUAUUUGAAUUUGGAAUACCAUAUAUUUUCAAACCAUAAAUGGUUGAAUUGAUGGAUAUGGAGGGCCAAUUGUACUUAUGAAAGGACAACUGGUUAAUGAAAUGUAAUUUUUUUCUACAGCAAGACCGACAUACCCCACAAAAUAAUAAACCUAUUAGACUCAA